AUGAAGACUACGACAUUAUCCCCGCCAGCCGUUCUUUUGACUUCGGAGGCCCUUGCCUUAGCCACCAAGGUGGCGACAACCUCGGCUGAUAUGGAAAAUAAUUCUACAAAAAUAGCGACAAGAGCUGUUGAACAUAUUUCAAGUUGUUUUCAAUGUCAGCCCCUACACCUGGUCCUCCUCUUCGCGAUCGUAAUUUGCAUAGUGAUCGUCGCGGGUGUGAUUGGGAAUGCUUUUGUGGUCGGGGUCGUGGUGACAGAUCGGAAGUUACUCCACUCGUCAGUAAAUCUGUUCCUGCUCAACCUGGCCCUCGCGGAUAUGGGCAAUUUGAUAUUUUGCGCUCCGGAUGCUAUAUUGGUGCUUUUGGAUCGCGGCUGGUUGCUACCUCCAUUUUUAUGUCCAAUUGUUCACUUUUUGCAAGAGUACUAUUUGUACGCGUCGGUUUUGUUGCAGAUGUCGAUAGGAGUGGAACGUUACAUGGCAAUCUGUUCCCCGUUGCGGAUAACCCGAUUCACGCGACGCACCACCGCCUAUUUCUUGAUCGCCGUCUGGGCCGUCGCAGCCGCGUUCGCAUCGCCCUAUUUCCUAUUCCACGGCAUCGUUCACCACAAACACUUUGCUUUCUGCUACUGGCUGCCCGGGAAGCUGAAUGGCGCUACAAAAACCCUCUUCCGUUAUUCUGAAUUUGCUAUCCUCUAUGGCGUACCCUUGGUACUGUUGACAGUCCUCUAUUCCAUCAUGGGCAGAGUAUUAUGGGGUGGAAAAUCGGCAAACAUCGCAAAUGAAAGUCAGCAAGUUGCAAUCCUCCGACUCCGCCGUUCUGUCGUAAAAAUGCUGAUGAUUAGUAUGCUAAUCUACUUCUUAUGUUACUCCCCGAUCCAAGGAAUGACAGUCGGCGACAUUUUCUUUAACAAACAAAUCUACCUACCCCCAUGGAUCCGCAUCUUCGUCAAUGUGCUCCCAAUGGCUAGUUCUUCCGCGAAUCCAAUCGUCUAUAUCAUGUGCUGCCGACACUUCCACCAACGCUUCGUUGCGCUGAUGCAAUGGGCUUUUGGUUGCUGCGGAGUCUGCUACUACAAACCCGAUCGCUACGUAACAACCCUCGAGGAUAAACCGGUCGCCAGCCGCACAAACUCUCGUUCCCCGUAUGUCUCAUUCCGAAAAUCGGUUCGUCGACACAAUCAUCACUCUAUUACCUUACUA